AAUUGUUCGCCAGACAAAAUUCACAAAAAUCAAAACAUUGGAGAACAAAAAAAAAAAAAAGAAGAAAAACAGAAAAAACCAACAACAACAUAAAAUAAGAAAACAAAAACAACUAUUCAAAUUAAAUUGGUUUUCAAUGCACAAUUUCCACAAAAUGUUGAACAAACGAAAAAAGUUUCUCAAUUCAAAAGCAAUUUUUUUAAGUUUCCGCCUGAUUAGAAGCCGACAACGCGAUUAAUUUCAAGAUUCUGAACCACAAAAACAGAUGAUCUGCGAGCAAAGAACGAAGAAUAGAAAGGAAGCAUCUGUCUCAAAAAAAAACCACACUCAUCGUACUGUGUGUCUGCACUUUUGCCCAUUAAGAGAGAAUAAUUUGGCCAAAUUCAUUAACUUUGGUCGUUGAUUGCGGUGAAACGUCAACCAACCAACAAAGCAACAACAAAAAAAGUUGAAAAAAGAACCCCAAACGAGAAGAAGAAGAUGUGGAAAAAACACUGACAAAAUAGAAGAAACAAUACGAAAAAAAUCCAAUUAAAAGUUCUCCUUAGUGUUUUAGGUGGCUUCAUUUCGGUCUACAGCCGCCGCCGCCUGGCAGCCACCACCUGCCCCCGACCUGGCGGUGGCGGGGCAGCAGCAUCAACAGCCUUAGUUUGAUAAGAUUAAGGAUAAAAAGCAAAAGAAAGAAUAACGCAUUGAAAAUAAUUUAAACCAAAAGAAGAAGAAAAAAACCUCAUCAAUUUUAUACCAAAGAAGAAAAAAUAUAUAGAAACCCCAACAAAAAAGACAACAACAACAACUAUAACACAAAGUAAAAAAACAAGAAUCGAACAAACAAACAACCGGAACCCCUUAAGUGAAAUACAACAGCAUAAACAGCACCACCAGCCAACAGAGCCAGCCAGCCAAGCAGUCAGCCAGCCAGAAGCCAUUAUGUUCUCCAUGUGCUCCAAAGUCAAGCCCCGAAAUUCUACAAAUUCACAACUACAGCAACAACAUCCGCAGCAGCAGCCAACGGGUAAUGUUGGUAAACAAAUCAAAGGAGGAUAUUUGUUACGUUUUAAAAAACAACUUCUCUGGAAUCGCUGGGCGGAAGAGUGGGUGGUUCUGUACGAUGACUCGACUAUGGCUUGGUUCACAGAGCCGGGACGUUCAUCGCCGGCGGGAAAAAUCCUUGUCAAAGAAGCACCAGAAAUGCUGGCCAUCGCACACUGGACUGGCCAGAUACCAAGAAGGCCACCACUACCCGAAGGCUGUAGCGUUUCACAGCUGAUAGCCUUGGGCUCGAGAAGAAAACGAUCUAAGGUCUAUUGGAUGCUGGCCAAAUCCGAACAGGAAGUUAGUGAGUGGAUCGAUGCCAUUACAAAAACUUUGCCACCACCCCCCCAGAUCGAACUGGUCGUCGAUAAACCCCAUUUAAUGAAUGUCUUACGCAGACCACUGGUACGCAUACGACCUGCCACCUCUAGCGAAGUCAAACAACGCAAAGCGUUAUCCAACAGCAAGUCGCGCUCCUUGGCAACGCAACGGGCGUUCUACAAUCAGAAUCCUUUGGUAAAAAGUGAUGCUGCCGUGGCGAUUUUAAGCAAAAAUCCUGAUUCAAAAGCUGCUCUAGCUUGUGCACUGCCCUGGGGCCAUGGCUGGGGAUGGGCGACACUGCCCAAUGGCGUGUGGAGUGGAGGCCUAACAUGGUCCCAGUGCGAAGACACAUUCACUUUGCAUGCACUGCCAACCACUCACUGCACCAAUUUGGUGGACACCUCCUGCAGUGGUGCCGUCUAUCACACCGACAUUGGAGGCUUUGAUUUCCAUUCAUCGACAGUGGAAGAUCUGGGCGGUGAAGAUUUCGACUAUGCCAUGGACUGUGGCGAUUUUAUAUUUUAAGCAGCCAUCUGAAGCUCAAGGACCCCCACCAUUUCCCCCCAGUAAAGUAGAAGAAAAAACCAAAAACAAAUCCCCUCGAAUACGUAUGAAGUUGUUUUAAGUAUUUUUAGCAGAGGAAACCGAAAAUUAACAAACCCCACCCUAAACAGAAGCGUUGUUCCAAAACAAAAACAAGAAAACGCCUCGAACAGCGCGCCUUUUGAGGAAACCCUCUUUUAAACAUUAAAACGGAUAAACGUAACACAUUAUAACAAAAGAAAAAAAAAACAACAAAUUUAGAUGAGGAAGCCGAAGAAGAAAAAGAAAAAAAUAAAUUAAACAACAAAGAAAGAAAUUCUGACAAUAGUUGUAGAAGAAGCUGUUCACAUAAACCGUUCAUAUGUAUGUGUGUUUUGAGUGUCGUUUCAAAGCAGAAUCGCUACCAGAAAAAAAAAUUAGAAAAAAAGACAUAAGGACUUCUUAUUCAAGUCGAAAUCAAACCAAACCAAAUGUUCAGAAUCCUAGAAUCCUUUUUUAUGGCCACAAAUGAAUAGAUGUGUAUGUGUGUAAUUGUAAUCGGAACAAAAUUACAGAAACAAAAACAGGAGAAACCGAAGAAAAGAACAACCCUGAAAAAAUGCCAACACUUCAAUUAAGAAAAAAAAAACACACACACACAACAAAAACUAAUGAUAAUUAUAUACGGGUAUUUGAUUUAAUAGAAUUUAUUUAAAAACCACAUCCACGAACACACGAACACACGCAUACACACCCUCCACCCCCCAACAAUAAUCGCCAAUCAAUCAUUCUAUCUUUUGUCGAACUUUAAUGGUCCAUGGCUGAGAUCCUGGAAGACAGAAGCUAAGCGAUUUACUGGUCGAUCAAGAAAACCUAAUAGGAAACAAAAAAUAAAUACUUAUUCCCUUUCAUCCACCCAAGUAAAGAUUCUACCAUCAAAUUAAGGCGAUUAAGUGGAGCAAUUUGUAACACAAUGCUACAGACUUGACUUGUCAAGCGAAUUAAAAACCUGUUUUUUUAUUGUAAUUCACUAUUUUGCGGGGUUCCAUGCGCCAAUGUCCAUUAAGAUGGAUUCGAAUCUAUCUAGCAAAGACACAAACAAUUAUUCAGUUAACAGAGAGGUACUGUUAAAGUUAACAGAGUACUGUUAAAGUUAACAGAGUUUCUAAAAAUGUUUUUAGCCACAAAAUAAAAUUCGGGCAAUAUUUUUAAAACUUUUUAUUAUUGCUAUGGAGACUACUCUUGAUAAGCUUCUCAAUGGUACUCAUGUUGUCCUGGCAGAAUUUGUCCUUGUAGGAGUAUUCGUCGCAAUAAUUAUCCUUGCCCCAGGAAUAUUUCUGAAAUGGGUGGAUUCGGCGCCAUCGCGCAAUAUUUUUGAGACUUUUUAUUAAUACUAUUGAGAGUGCUCUCGAUAAGCUUCCCAAUAAUAAUCAUGCUGUCCCGGCAGAAUUAUCCUUAAAGGAUCAAUGAUCAUAUAACAAAGCCAAAACAAAUAACGCUGCCGGCCUUUAUCGUAUAACUUAAUACCGUUUUAUAAUUUUUACUUAAAUAUAUUUUUUAUAUUCUGUUAACUGCAUAAUGGUUUGUGUCUUUGCUCGAUAUAUUCGAAUCUAUCGUAAUGGACAUAUGCGUCAAUUGCUUCCUUUGAGAAACACAGUAUUUCGAACUCUGCAUAUCAAAUUGAUUGGACCCGGACAUGUGUCGAUAUUUUUGACUUAAAUUACAAAGGAUAAUAUAGUCGCUUUCCCUUGAAAGAUGUGUUUAGAAACAUUAAAUCAAUUUCAUUCAAAUCCAUACCAAGAAUUAGGGCAUAUAUCGGAUAAGUGACCAACAAAAUCAUACCGGAAACCCUUUGAAAUAUUUUAAAAAUAUUUUAUAUAUAUUUUAAAUAUUUUUAAAGUGAAAUAUGCCGUAUGGAACUCUUAAGCAUGAUUGACUAGUUAAUAGUUCAAAAAGUUCAUUCAUUCAAAAAAUUUUUGCUGUAUUUUUAACUCAAGCUGUAAUUUUCAAAAUUGGGAUAUGUUUGAAUUUUCUGACAUUGUAGCAUUGUGUAAUUUUUAUCCCAUUGGAUAUUUGUUUUUUCUUUUUUAAGUUUACAUACAUUUAAACAUUCAAUCGUCUUAAAAACAAUUUCCACCAAUGAAGGUAGUUACGAAACUUUAGCAAACCAUACUCCUCUCCAUACACACCAACCACCCAUCCUCAAUAAAGCUCUUAAGAUUCUUAAAAACAAAUGGAAAAAACUAAACAAAAUUUUAGAGAACUAAAAACAAGAUUGAUGUUUUUUAGAACGAAGUGUUAUAUAAUAAAAGACGAAGUAAAACCAACAAUAGAACAAAAUAAAAAAAAGUUAUUUUUGAAUGAAAAUCUAGAUUAGUAGGCUAAUGAAAACAAACAAAAACAACAACACAUAAUAAAGAAAUUAAAAAUAAAAGCUAUUAACAAACAAAUAAAACUGUAUGUGUGGUAUAAUAAAGAUAAUAGCAAAUAGACGUUACAAUUUUUGUAAUUAAGAAAAAAUGAAAUAAGACAAAAAAAUUUCCCGCCCUUCCGUUUUAAAGAAAAAGAAAAAAUUCACUGAAUUAUGAACAAAAUCUGCCAAAUUGCAAAACAAAAAAAAUACAUAAAAGUAAUUCGCUCCCGCCACAGAACCCUCAGUGCAAGGACAACACAACACACACACACAUUAGAAACUUUUCCAAUGCAAAUUUUGUACAUUUUUUGUAAGGGUUUUUUACUCCGGAACAACAACAACAGCAACAACACAACACGGAAAAUCCAAUUUGAAGUUGUUCACCAUUUUUUUUUUUUUCAAUUUUGAUAAACUUCCCAUAUUUUUCUAUUCAAACGUUUUGAUAUAAACAAAUAUUCGCAAUUUAUUAAGAACUCACACACACUGAGACAUAGAAUAUAAAGAAGAAUAAAAAACAAUUAACAAUAACAAGAAAAAUUAAGGACAUGCUGGCAAUGUUCGUUCAUUUGAUAACUCAACACCCAGACAGACAUUAGAAUUAGAAUUAAGUUAAAAAAAAAAAAAAUAAAAUAAAAUGUGGAAAUUUAGAAUCUGUUCUCAAAAAGAUAGAGGAAAUGCAAAAGUUAAAUGUUAAUUUGGAGGAUAACGUUUGUCUUUCGUUUCAGUUUCUUUGACUUCGAAAUUCUCAUGUCUGACCCAUUAAGCGACGUCCGUCAGACUGUCGUAUUCACUUUUUUUUGCAGCGAACUCAUACCCUUCGCUCUCAGCUUCUCGACAGCCCUCCUCCAAAGAAGUCAAACACUCCGAAAGCAGUUUUGCUUUCCCUUUCAAAGACUUCACUGUGUGGUUUGCUUGAAUACAUUCUGCAUGUGUUCUUUCCUCAGAAGCCACAAAUUCGGACUUGAGUUCCAGCACUUGAUUUUGAGUACCAGCUCUUCAUUUUGAAUUUAUUUUCAUUCUCAUCGUUCUUGAACAUAAGGUCUCACUGAACCUGGCCAUUCAAUGACUGCAACAUUUAUUUUAGGCAUCUACAGCAACCUUAAGGCUACAUUCGAGCUUUAUGUUCGUUACCCUUAGUUCCGCCAUUUCGUGCUUUGUUUCCUCUAAUAACUGAGCAACUUUUUAAACUAGAGCCACUGUUAAACUCUUUACAUUCUUAUUUCCAUUUCCCACCCUAAUCCGUUCAUGACUCAAAGCAUCGCUGGUCUCCUCCGCUAAAACCUGAUUAAGGUGUAGCAGUGUACGAUGCUUUCGCAUCGUUUGUCGGUCAUAUGUUCCAUACAAGAGCAAAAAAUUCGAAAUUUUUUAGCAUGGACCUUCCUCUUAUCUGUCAACAUAGAAAAACAUUUUCCACAUACCGUCAUAUUGUGCCCUACUUCAUUGCAGGCACAGAACAACUCCUGUAAAGGGUUUAGUCCUUUCUCGAACUUCGUCAGUGCCGAUCAUUAAACGGAUUCGACCUCCUAGAGAUAUAAAUCUAUAGCCUCGCCCUUUCUGGCUGAAAAUCUCUACUAUGAAGCCCCCUCGGCAAGUGUUACACCACCACAAUCCUUUUUAUUUAAAAUAUGUCCUAAGAAGUAAUUAUAAUAUGACUAACCUAACUUACGCCUUAAAACAUACGGAGAAGUCAUGAACAUGCAAAGCUGUCACAUAUAACUAACUCAGAUAUACCAAAUGCGACAAUGGAAAUUACCCUUCUAAUAUUAUUCUAAAGACAUUCUACGAUAAAUUCAAUUCUAAAUUCUUGACACAUCAUGAUAUUUUGCGAGAAUGCUUAGUGAUAUUUAAAAUCAGGAAGUUCCUAAAUAAAAAACGGAUCUAUAUUGAAAACCACAGCUCUCUGAAACAUUCAGAGUAUCGAAAAUCAGGAGGCACCAUAUCAUGGGAGGGGCUUUAACAAAACGUGAAGCGAGUAGACAAUGAUUAAUACCAAUUUCAAAGUUCCAAGGAAGAAACAGGUGUCGUCAAAUGAUUUUUAAUUUUAUAUUAAUCAAUAAUAUAAAAUUUAAGUAGACUCGGAUAAAUACUUUGAGGUGUUUGAAAUGAAAUGAGUCGACUCUCACAAUUUUAUUUUAGAAACGAUUAAUGGAAUUUGUAUUUUAGAACUUACCACAGAUUAAGCUGCAUACAUCCAUCGUUGUCUGGUAUGUUGCUUAUAUUUCCGAAUUUUUCGAUUACAUCUUUCAUUAUAUAAUUUAAAAAAAAAUAAAACCUGAAACCAAAGAAAUACAUAAUUAACAUAGUUUCACUUUUACAUUUUCCUUAUAUAUCAGAUAUGAUUAAAUGGUAAUCAAUCUCCGGUAUAGUUGGAAUAGCUAAAAACUGAACAGAGAAGCUUCAUGAAAAUAGCAAAUAAAAAAGAGGACAAAUGAAAAUAUACACAUACAUACAUAUAUUUAUUUAUAUAAAAAUAUUUUAGAAUCUUAUUAAGUGUACAAGGAAAACAAAAAAAUAUGAAAAAACAAAACCAAAAAAAAAAAAAAAACAUUGAGUGUAAAUGUACAUUUUUCUGUAGACUAAAAAAGACUUAAGCAAUUGUCGCCAGGACGUUAAAUAUUAAAAACAAGAAAACAAAAAAGAAAAUUAUAGAAAUUUAUAAAUGUCUGUUUAGUAAGCAUUAAAUGUUGGGCUUUACCGGAAAACGUACAUCACAAGUAAAAGCAAAAAAAUUAUUAAAAAAACAACCACAGAGGGUAAUAAAAGUUAUAAGUUAAAAAAAAAACAAGAAAUUUGAAAAAAAAAAACCAAGAGAUAUAAACAAAUAACACAAAAAUGGAAAUUAAAGGAUUGUGAAAUAUAACAAAUUCAAGAAAAAAUAAUUAAAAAUGUAGCCAAAUAGACUUAAUGAAUAUUUUAUAUGUUUUCACAAGAAAAAAACUUAAAAUAAUAUCAAGAAAAAAUCCACAACCAAAUUUAAAAAAAAUGAAACACCCACUAAAAUGAAUUGAUUAUUUAUAAAACAAAUUAAAAAGAAAAAACAACAUUCUCACAAAAACUAAUACGCAAACAAUUACUCCGACAAUCAGUGUUUUCUAUUAACCACAACAACAAUCAGAAAAAAAACCAACAAUCGUUCUCGAAAAGAAACAAAAAACAUAAAAUCAUUUUCCAUAUAAUUUCCCAAAACAAAAGAAAACAAUUAUUUAAAAAAUCCCAAAUUGAUAAACCCAACUAAAAACAAGCGACUCCAUAUCGCUUUAAAUGAAAAAUCGAACAGGCGUAGGGACCAAACGAAAUCCGAACGAGUCACCGGUAAAAUGCAAUCAUUAUUCGUACGAAAUGUGCGAUACAUUGGCCAAAAACAACAGCAACAACAUUCGCAGUUGGCCAACAAACAAUUGUUAACAAUUAUCAAUUACAAACCACGCCUACCUAAUUAAGCUAAACCGAAAAUUAACAAAACAAACACACAACUCGAACAAACGACAAAAAAAGACGACAAAGACGAAGAAGAAAAACCAAACAACAAUUACCAAUAAUCAGCCUGCCUUUAUUAAAUGUGUUCACUGAAUGAAAAUUAAUUCGUUUUCUUCUUUCGAUAAAUAAACAAAAGGCAACCAAUCCUAACAAAAAAAAA